AACAGUUCAAAACGUCAAAAAUUCUAGGGGAAUAAACAUUGAACAGCAAGUGAAGCGCGUAUCGAAAGAAAAACGUGUAAAUAUUUAAAAUUGUUUCAAAAACGUACACAAAUAUGGUCAAAAGACGAUCUAACAAUACGUCCCUAUGGGAAGAAUCGGAUGUACAAUCGCACAUCGAUCCAGAUGUAAAGGCUACCUCAGAAAGUGCAGAUGAACAGGUUGAUUCCGACGAUCUAAACUUAACAGAACAGUCCUCGGAUGAAGACGGCAAUGGAGACAUGGAAGAUGAGCCUAACAUUGUUAAUGGGAAAUCCAAGCCUAAGGUGAAACUGGUAACACCUCUCAGAAAACGAAAGCCGGGCAUCAUCUAUAUUUCCAGCAUUCCGAAGCACAUGAAUGUGACUAUUCUUCGAGAGCUGUUGGAACCAUACGGCGAAGUAGGCCGAAUUUAUCUACUACCAGAACGAAAAGAUGGCAAAGUGAAAAAGAAAACGGCAAAAGGAAAACUGGCAAUGGUUCGGUACACUGAAGGAUGGGUGGAAUUCAAGCGAAAACGAGUGGCCAAAGCAAUCGUACAGCAUCUCAAUACCCGACCGAUCAGCACCAAGAAAAAAUCGGUGUUCUGUGAUAUUCUAUGGAGCAUGAAGUACUUGCCGCGCUUCAAGUGGAUCCACCUGAGCGAACGUUUGGCCUACGAGCGUGCCGUGUUCAAGCAGAAACUGCGAACUGAAAUCGCCCAGGCUCGAAAGGAAGCUAACUUCUUCCAAAGUCACCUGGAUCAGAGUGAGGCUGUUCGGAGAAAAAUGAAAAAAGAGAAAAAACUCGCGAAUAAAGUUAAGUGAUUGUAGUUUUAUUGAUUUUUGUUUGCAU